AUGACUUUCCUCUUGCUUCGCGGGGGGGCUCCCGCCAUUAUUCAUAAGUGGAAAAAAAAAAUUAACAUGGGCACAAGAGUAUAUAUUGGUCGUCUCUCUUAUCAUGCCAGAGAGAAAGAUGUGGAAAGAUUUUUCCGAGGAUUUGGACGAAUUAGAGAUAUAAUGCUCAAGAAUGGCUACGGGUUUGUUGAAUUUGAGGAUUACAGAGAUGCAGAUGAUGCUGUCUAUGAACUUAAUGGCAAAGAACUAUGUGGUGAAAGGGUUAUUGUUGAACAUGCUCGGGGUUUGCCCAGAAGUGAAGAAAGCUGGCGCGAUCGUGAUAGGGGCUCAAGGUUUCCACCCCGCCGUAGAGGUGGAAGAGACAAGUAUGGACCACCAACAAGAACAGAAUUUCGCUUAAUUGUGGAAAACUUAUCCUCCAGAGUGAGCUGGCAGGAUCUCAAGGACUACAUGCGGCAGGCUGGAGAAGUAACCUAUGCUGAUGCCCACAAGGAUCGCAAAAAUGAAGGGUCUGCCGUGACUGGUAUUGUGGAAUUUGCUACUUAUUCUGAUAUGAAAAAUGCUUUGGAUAAAUUGGAUGAUACAGAAAUCAAUGGCAGGCGGAUCAGAUUGAUUGAAGAUAGACCCCGGAAACGUAGACGCAGUUCCCGCUCACACUCAAGAAGCCGGUCUAGGUCUCGGUCCCGCUCACGAAGGAGAAGCCGCAGUCGCAGCCGUUCUCGAUCUGGCUCCCAUCACAGUCGUUCCCGCUCCGAGCAAUCCAGAUCGCGUUCGAGGUCCCGAAGUAGGCAAUCUGCCAGCCGUAGCCCGAGUAAAAGUCGGAGCAAAAGCCAGAGCCGAUCUCGUUCCAAUAGUCCGCGGUCACGAUCCGUGAGCAGAAGUAAAUCGCAGUCGAGGUCUCCAUCCCCGUCCCGUUCCAAGUCUCGAACACCAGAACCUAAGGAGAAUGGCUCUCCAGCAGAUGUUAAUCAGAUUAAUGAUAAAGAUGCCAAGGAAUAA